GUCUGUUUUGUGACGUCAUAACAAUGCGCCUGAAUUGGAGUAGUCCGUUGACAGAUUUAAAUGGUUUCCCUGAUUGUUUGCUACCGCGCUAUUUUCUUGUUACUGUAAGUUAUUUUAAAAUGUUUUAAACUAUAUUUUCCUUACUGAAAGGCCCCGAAUUGUGUUUGGAAACAAGGAUCAAUUCAUUUUUCACGCCUUGCUGUUAUGUCAACUUCCAAAGAAGUAGAGGCGUUUUCCUCAGAUGAACUUAGAAAAAGAUUAUACCAAACUUUCAAAAGCAAAGGUUUUCUUGAUUCCCUCAAAGCGCAGCUGCGGAAUCAGCUCAUCCAGGAGUUAAAGCACCCGCCUUUAACGGGACAGGAACCGGUUCCCAGGCUGGUCCCCCUGAAGACCGAUACUUUACUAGCUUCAGCCUGUAACAGCAUCGUAGCGGAUCAUCUCCAAGCAUCGGGCUAUGAGUACACGCUAUCUGUGUUCUGCCCUGAAAGCGGUUUAAAUAAAGACAAGGUUUUGAAGAAAGAUGACCUCCUUCAAAUUCUCAAGAUUAACCCUGAGUCAAAACUGUACAAAUCUGUGGCAUGUAAGGAAAACGACAACAAAGGCUUCCUGUUCAACCUUUUGACCCAUCUGACAUCCCAUAAUGCUCCCAGUCCACGCCAGGAUGCAGAUGCUCAGACAACCACAGCAUCAAACUAUGGAGAAUCUCUUGUAGAGAAGAUGAAAACAAUUGAUAAGGAAUAUGAACAUUUCAAUAAGGACCAAAUGUUUUCAUUUCAAUCAAAACUUGCUGCUUAUAAAAGAGAAAUUGAGACACAGAUGGAGGCUUCAAUGAAUGUCAAGCUGCAUCAUUUUAAAGAAGUUGAAAUGGCUAAGGUGAGGCUGGAAGAAAAGUCAAAGUUCCAUAAAGAGUUUGAUAAUCUGAAGCGAGAACUGGAAAGAAACUAUGAAAUGAAGGCAAAAGCACUGAUGGAACGAGAGAAGAACGCCAUUGAGGGCUUACAAAAGCACAAAGAGAUUGAAGAAAAAGACAUGUAUAUGCAGAGACAGUCCACGCUGAAAGACAUCGAAAGCCUUCGUUACCGAGAAAAUGAACUGAGGAUGAGAAUGGAAGCUUUUGAAAAGACUUGUCAGAUUCAUGCAGAGAAAGUCAAGACAGCUGAAGAGCUCUUGAGGAGGAGAGAACUGGCUGUGAAAACCAUGGAGGACACAUAUGAGCAAAAGCUGAAAAAUGAAUUAUCCAGUUAUCAGCUCGAGCUGAAGGAAGAGUUCAUCAAAAGAACAGAAAAACUCACCGAAAACGAGAACAGAAACAGAGUUGAAGCUGCUAGAAUCCAGCAAGAAUCCGCUGCCCUUAAUGCCAGAUCAGAAGAACACAGCAGAACAUGUGCCAAAUUGAAACAGCUGCAGGCUGACCUUGACACAGCGCAGCAGCAGAUUUCCCUGCUGACUCAACAGAAAGAUUUGCUGAGGGAAAGACUGGAGAGCACCAGCGACUACCCCAGUCUGAGAAGAGAAAGAACGGAGCUGCAGGAGCAGAUGCAGCUGCUGAAAAAGCAGCUGGAAGAAGUCAGAGAGGAGAACCGCCGUCUCCAUGCAGAAAUGGCCACGCCAUCCAAAGAGCAGCUGGCUCUGCAGGUGGAGCUGCAGCGCCUGCAGAAUGCCCGCAGACUGGAUGAGGAAGACUUUGACAACCAAAGGGAGGUGCUGCAGGCACAGCUUCAAAAUGAGUCUGACCGCUGUGCUCAGCUCAAAGCUCAGCUCUUGGAUCACCAGGAGAGAGCCCAGUGGAUGAACAGCCACGUUGAAGAGCUGAAGAUGAAGCUUCGGCACACUCAGCAAGCUCUUGAAAAUGAAGUGCUGCGUAACCCCAAGCCGUCUCUUGUUGAUCGCUCAGUGCUGGAGUUCAGCCCCGACAAGCUGGUUCCUCCUGACAUCUAUGUGGACAGGGGUCUGCUGGGGGCCAGGCCAGGCUAUCACGAUGAUUGGAAAACAGCUGGGACCUCACAAGGACACAAGACGCCCUGGUAUGAUUCUCAUGACCCCGACAUGGAGCUGGUCGCUGUAGCCAAGACCCGGCUCCAAGAGCUGCAGAAGGAGGCAGAGAGCCUGGAGGAGGCGUACAGGAGCUACCAGCAGAGGGCAGUGCCCUCCAUCUCACACAGACUCUCCCCAAAACCCUUUUUACUACAGCAGGCACGUCCCUCACAUCACAACAACCCCCAUAGAGGGCAACAAGACUCACACCAUUCACACAAAUCAAAGUCUCCAUUUACCCCACACUCUCCUCAAAGAGUCCUGUCCUCCAUUUUGGUAUUUGAUGACCCAGGAAGCCCUGCACCUGCUCCACAGCCAAGAUUGACUUCGUUAGACGACUAUAACCAGCUCCACAGAGCUGUUCCCAGGCACCAAUCAUUGGCUGAGCCCUUAUUUAUGAGAGCAGAACAACCCCAGGAUGAAAGUGUGGUUUCAUCAGAGCACUCAUCCUGCAGAUCACAGUCAUCCACCAAGAAGAAGCUUCACAAAAAAAGGGCUGAAGAGGCAGUCGUGUCUCCGGCUGUGUCCCCUCAGCCGCUCUGUGACGGAUCAUUCAAACGGGCCCCCGCCGCCACCGCUGCAGCCGCCGACUUCUCUCCCGAGAUUAGCCCACCUCACAGUCCCCAGCUCAAGAGCACAGCACGAGACCAGUCCAGUCCUUUGGAGUCCAGGCCAGUGUUCUCCAGCUCAGAGUCUUCCCCACAGCCAGAGAAGAUCAAACUUGAAGAUCUUACAGAAGUUCUUGAGUCCAGCCACAUUCCAGAGCUUCUCCUGGACACUGCUGGUUCUCACUCGGAGAAGGCCCCCGAUGGCCCCUCCACCGCCCACCCACAGGACCUCCCGGAGGACCCAGGCGACUCUGAGGCUCGAGAGGGUUCCCCAAACAUGCCACAGACAUUGGGGGAAUCUGCCAGAGUCCAAGAGGAAGAUGUUGAGGAGCAGAGGUGGGAAAAGGAACGCAAAGACCAACAAGAAAAACGAGAGGGGGAGCUGGAAGAAGCCAAGGAGCGAGAGCAGCAAGAACUGGAGAGGCUUGAGAAAGAGAUGCUUUUGCAGAAUGUUGAGCAACUAGAAAAAGAAAGUGAAGUUGACAAAGAAGAGGACGAUGGGCAGAAAAAAGAGGCAGAUCAAAGCAGGGAGGAGUCAAAAGUUGAAAAUCCACUGGAGAAGUACAUGAAAAUGGUCCUGGAAGCAAGAGAGAAACGGCGUGAAGAGAGUCCUCAGAGAGAGGAGGCGGGACAAACAAGCCCAGAAAACAUUAGUUUUAAUGAUGACACAGAACAAAGUGCUGCAUUACAUUCACCCAAAGAAAUGGAAGAUGACUUCUGGUGAGAAAAUCUUCAACAGCAAUUUUUAUUUCUACAUUAUUUUUUUUUUUUUUUUUUAAAUGUGUUGCUUUUUAAAU